AGAAACAAAAACAGAGCAAAAUAUGACUUCCAGCAUUCACAGCUCCUCCGCCGUCCUCCACCACCCCUCUGCCACCACCGCCGCCGUCUCCACCGGUGAAAACUGCAGGUUGAAGAGUGUCUCUCUGAAGAGAAAAUCUCCACCACCACCACCUUCUUCUCCUUCUGAUGAACCCUCCCCCAAAAAGAUCACUCUCCAUCCCCCACCAUCCUCCUCCUCUACCGCCGCCGCCACCGAAAGGGUACCGGAAAAAACACCAUCCCCUGCUUUUUCACCCUUUUCCUCCAAAAGGGUAUCUGACAAAUCACCAUUUUCCACGUGUUCAACAACCACAACUAAUAAUCCGGCCAUUUCACCACUCCCAUUUUCAAGAUUCACAACAACUCAGCCGCACAAUAACAUUCUGCGGCGGACACUCUCAGAACCACCAGUUUUCAAUUCUUUUACUGCUUUUGUUACGUACAUGAAUUCUCAGUCCCCGGAAAAUGACAAGAACAUUAAUAUCUCUGCCUUUAAUUGGCAACGUCCUCUUCGUAGAUCAAUUUCUGUUCCCACUGAUGCUGAUAUUCUGGCUCCGGCAGCUGUGAACUCUGAAAAGACUACCAAAAGAAAGAUUUUAAUUCAGUUUCUGAAUGAAGGAGAUGAUCACUUGUUCUGAUUAUAAUGAAGAGGAUCACAGUAACAACCCUGAGGGCUCUAAACAGUUUGUGAAUUAAUGAAAAUGAAACUGAUGAUAAAGAAGACUAGUCGGAUGUAUCUGCUUAAUUUGCUUGAACGAAGAGCGGAGUGUUGUUAAUAAUUAGUAUACUACCUAUUUUUCUGUAUAUUUUCAUUAUAUAAAUAGUAUUUCGUAACAGCAUAUAG